AGAUCAGCCACUAUGACGUGCCCCGGAAGCUGUAUUCUUGAUCAUGAUGGCGUCCAGCAGAAACACUGAAGGUUAGCAGCGUCUCUUUGUUGAGUUUUAAAAUGUGUAAAGUCCAGAUGCUGAGAGCGUUGGUGAAGCAGCGACUAACUGCGGCUGCUGAAGAGAUAUGUGGGCUGUUUGAAAGAACGAUAGCAGAGUACGAGGAGGAACUCUCUCGAUCAAAAGAGGAGAACGAGCGACAACAGAAACUACUGGACGCUGUUUUACACCCUCAGUUUCAGUUACACAGAGCAGAUGUCCAGCAGCUUAAAGAAGAUGUUCUCCCUGAGCAGCAGGAGUGGAGCUCCAGUCUGGAUCAGGAGGACCCAGAGCCCCCACACAUUAAAGAGGAACAGGAGGAACUCUGGACCAGUCAGGAGGGAGAGCAGCUUCAAGGGCUGGAGGAGGCUGAUAUCAUCAAGUUCCCAUUCUCUCCUGUCCUUGUGAAGAGUGAAGAUGAUGAUGAAGAGGAACCUCAGUCCUCACAGCUUCAUCAAAGACAAACUGAGCAGAUGGAAACAGAAGCUGAUGGAGAGGACUGUGGAGGACCAGAACCAGCCAGGAACUCAGAUCCAGAUAGACAUCCAGAUUCAGACACUGUUGAAAAAAUUGAAGACUCUUCUAAACCUGAAACUGAUGAUGGUGAUGACUGGAAGGAGACCAGAGAACCUCAGUCAGGUUUAAACUCUCUGAAUAAUGAUGAAGUUCCUGUCAGUGAUUCCAGAUGUAGUGCUGACGUCCAGCAGCUGUUGGUGGUUAAAGAAGAGGUUCCCCCUGAGCAGCAGGAGUGGAGCUCCAGUCUGGACCAGGAGGACCCAGAGCCUCCACACAUUAAAGAGGAACAGGAGGAACUCUGGACCAGUCAGGAGGGAGAGCAGCUUCAAUGGCUGGAGGAGGCUGAUAUCACCAAGUUCAAAUUCACUCCUGUCUCUGUGAAGAGUGAAGAUGAUGAAGAGAAACCUGGUAAAGCUUUCAUUGAUAGUGGACACAUGAGAAUCCACACAGGAGAGAAACCUUUCAGCUGCUCAGUUUGUAAGAAACCUUUUACACGGCAUGGAGAUUUACAGAAACACAUGAGAAUCCACACAGGAGAGAAACCCUUCAGCUGCUCAGUUUGUAAGAAACCUUUCACACACAGUGGAGCUUUACAGAUACACAUGAGAAUCCACACAGGAGAGAAACCGUUUAGUUGUUUGAUUUGCGAUAAAGCUUUCAUUCAUACUGGACAUCUGAAAACACACAUGAGAACUCAUACAGGCGAGAAACCUUUCAGUUGUUUGAUUUGCGAUAAAGCUUUCAGUCAUAGUGGACAUCUGAAGACACACUUGAGAUCUCACACAGGAGAGAAACCGUUCAGCUGCUUAGUUUGUACUAAAUCUUUUACCCAGAGUGGACAUUUACAGAAACACAUGAGAUCUCACACAGGAGAGAAACCUUUCAGCUGCUUAGUUUGUACUAAAUCUUUUACCCAGAGUGGACAUUUACAGAAACACAUGAGAUCUCAUACAGGAGAGAAUCCUCUCAGAGCAUUCAGCUCAACUGAACAGAUGGAAACAGAAGCUGAUGGAGAGGACUGUGGAGGACUAGAACCAGCCAGGAACUCAGAUCCAGAUAGACAUCCAGAACCAGAUACUGUUGACAACACUGGAGACUCUUAUGAACCUGAGACUGAACACAGUGAUGAUUGGAAGGAAACCAGAGAACCUCAGUCCGGUUUGAACUCUUUGACAAAUGAUGGAGUCCCAGUCAGUGAAUGGGUAUUGUUUAAAUUUGAAUAGUACCACUAAUUUUGCCGAUAUUGCUUAUCAAUCCGGAACUUUCUUUUUGUUAUAUUUUAAGAGAAAUAUCUAAACAAAUUAAGAACAGAAUUAACAUUGCUUUAUUUUCUUAAAUGUACUGAAUAUAAAUGAACAUAAUUAGGUAUCAAAUGCAACAGCAGAAGUGUUGUUUUGAACAAAUAUAGACUGAUGGAAAUGUAAAAAAUCCAAAUGAAAUAAACUGUUCACUGCAAAGGAAAAUACAGCGGUAUAGCAACACAGUUCUUAGCAGUUCAACUGGAGAAAGAUCAACAUGGUUUCCUUCUCUGGAAGAAGUCGGGACUUCUCCUGGUUUAUAGUGUUCCCUGCAGUCAAAAAUACCCUCUGGCUAGGGGUGGAGGAGGCUUGAGCUCAGAGGUAUCUUGUUGUAAUGUUUGUGAGGAGGAGCAGAGUAGCUCUCUUCUCCCACCAUCACAUCACAGGAUCUUCAGCCAUGGGGGUGGGAGGCAGGCCUUUGUAGAGCUCCACCUCUAGUUACGUUGUGUCUCUGUUCCUAUUGGCUCACAUGCUGAAUGCAAAGUGUUCUGCUGGAUAUUAAUAAUUUAAUCCAUGCAGUUGGCUCAGAGUAAACUUGAAAAUGAAGGAAGGAGACUUCUGCUGUGAUAUUUGUUCUGAGGGUUCAUGGUUUUCUUUGCCAGCCGUUUCUUUCUACAUAGAGUUUACCUUUCAUAACGGCCAUUUCACUUCAGUAUAAAUGUCAUUUAGAUUUAUUUUAGACAGAAAAAGGUUAAGAAGCAUGUCCUCAUUUGUAAAUAAUAAUCCUCAUUUAGAAAGUCAGAGCUCUAUUAAUAUAUGAAGCUGUGCAAGUUACUGCAUUUUCCACAACACUUUCCUUUGAAUAUUUCAGAAUAAAAGCUUUGUGUUAACAAAUGAAGGAUUUCUGUCAACAGAAAAAAACACAAGGGGCUUUUAACUAGAAAUGGAAACAGGAAAUGUUGAGUUAAAAAUAAAUAUUAACUGUUUUCAUGCCUCUGACAUAUUCUACAGAUGUAGAGAUUGAAACUGUUGUAAUGUUGCUGGUAUGAUGUCAAUAUGUCAAAAGAUCAUCACUGUCAAAAUAGGCGAGACUUCGUAUCACAAGAAGAGAUCAGCCGAGCCACGUUGCUCACAUGUCCAGUGUGUCCCAGCCGUAAGGGUUGCCAUAUUGAGAAAUUGGUAACCACAGCAGGGCACGCAAAAAAGGAAGUGGUGCUUUAGAGAGGAAGUAAAUGUAUUGAUCGGAGCAUUUGAAUAUUUGAUAUUCUUUUUACUUGAUUAUUAGACUUGGUUGCUGUAGUUUGUUUAUGGUUCAUUGUUUUCUCAGAGCUCUGAAAAUAUAAUAAAAUAUUAGUCUUUCUUCAAACUGAGUUGGUUGAAUCUGUAAAAAGCAGCGAGUGUUUCCCAAACUGAAAGGACUUAAUAAAGGCAACACAAGAAAUGAAA